AUGGCGGAGGAUGGUGUCGCGACGGACAAGAAGCACGGGCGAGUGCUCUGGUCGAUACGCGCGGGCGGCGUGCGAUGGACGGUGCAGCUGCACGGGCUCGGCGCAAAUGAGCAUGAUACAUCAAUGCAAGGCGUGCGACUGCAGCAGCGGCGUGAGCAGAUGACAGGCGAGCGGGCGCACCUUCAGCUGACGGCGAGGGCGGCCGAGAGGACGGAUGCAGCGUACGGAGGGAAAAACGCACCGGUUCACGGCUCCGCAAGCAGCAAGGGUCUCCAGGAGCGCGCGGUCGAUGUCGUGAAUGGGAGACUUGAGGUGGCCCUCGAUGACGCCGUGUGCGCCGUCCGGCGUGCGCACGCGGAUCACGGGCGCGACGCCCUGCGCAACACGCUCGUCCCGGAUCAGCUGCGCGCUGCGCCCGCGGCGACCGCCUUUACAAGCGCACGCCUGUUCUGCGGGAACUCGCCCUCCUUGUCCGCGAUCGUGUCCGCGUCCACCGCCGCCGCCGCGCUUUGCUACUUUCUUGACCCGCCCGCCGUCGCUCGCGUACAGCACCGUCAGCGGCGGCGCGUCGAUCGCAGGGAGCGGCUCCGCGUACGCCUUCUGCGCCCGCGCGCGGCAUGCGUGGCUUCGCCGCUUGACGUCGCUCUCGGAGACGUCUCCGGCGUGACCGACGUGGUGAAUAGCGCGGUGCGGGGAAGGAGGAUGCAUGGCGGCGCUGCAGACUGCGCGGGCUGGGAUGCGCGAGAAGUGGAGGCGAAGGGCGCGGCUGCGGUUGCAGAGCGCGAGUCUUUCAACCCCUGA